UCGCCGCCCUUGUCGGUGGGCCAUGGAGACGGUGGCGCCGUAGUGUCUGGUGAGAGGACUGCUGGGGCGGUGGCCAUGGAAGCCGUCCUGAACGAGCUGGUGUCUGUGGACGACCUGCUGAAGUUUGAGAAGAAAUUUAAGUCUGAGUCGGCAGCAGGGUCAGUGUCCAAGAGCACGCAGUUUGAAUACGCCUGGUGUCUUGUGCGCAGCAAGUAUAACGAUGACAUCCGUAAAGGCAUAGAGCUGCUCGAGGAGCUGCUGCCCAAGGGAAGCAAGGAGGAGCAACGGGAUUACGUCUUCUACCUAGCUGUGGGGAACUACCGGCUCAAGGAGUAUGACAAGGCCCUGAGGUAUGUGCGAGGGCUGCUGCAGACAGAGCCUCAGAACAACCAGGCCAAGGAACUGGAACAACUCAUUGACAAGGCCAUGAAGAAAGAUGGACUGGUGGGCAUGGCCAUUGUUGGGGGCAUGGCCCUCGGGGUCGCAGGACUCGCUGGCCUCAUCGGACUUGCUGUAUCCAAGUCCAAAUCCUGAA